AAACCAUUGAGGGAUGUGGCUAGCUCUAGCUAACGGGAUGGAGUUGUUAGAAUGAACGCGGAAUUAUAAACAUAGCUGCAGGAAAACCAAGAUAGGGACAAGAUGUUGGAGUCUUAUGUCACACCACUCCUGAUGAGCUAUGUGAACAAAUACAUCAAGAAUCUGAAGCCUUCUGACCUACAGCUGUCUCUCUGGGGAGGGGAUGUGGUACUCAGCAAGUUAGACCUAAAGCUGGAUGUCCUGGAGCAGGAGUUGAAGUUGCCAUUUACAUUCAUGAGCGGUCAUAUCCAUGAGCUUCGUAUCCAUGUACCUUGGACUAAACUGGGCUCAGAGCCUGUAGUCAUCACCAUCAACACCAUGGAGUGCAUCCUCAAGCUGAGGGAUGGAGCCCAGGAUGAUCAUGAGAGUGGCUCUAGUUCCACUAGCCGCAGUGCCUCAGAUAGCUCCAAGGCCCUGGCCAAGCCACGCCGCCUUCAGCAGGCAGCCCCCAGUGACCCAGACUUGCCUCCAGGCUACGUCCAGAGCCUGAUCCGGCGCGUGGUGAACAACGUGAACAUCGUGGUGAACAACCUGAUCCUGAAGUACGUGGAGGAUGACAUUGUGCUGUCAGUCAACAUCACCUCGGCUGAGUGCUACACGGUGGAUGACAUUUGGGAGAGGGCCUUCAUGGACAUUGCUGCUCCGGAGCUUGUCCUGAGGAAAGUGAUAAACUUCGCUGACUGCACGGUGUGCUUAGACAAGAGGAACGCCAGUGGGAAGAUUGACUUCUACCAGGACCCGCUGCUCUACAAAUGCUCCUUUAGAACACGACUCCACUUCACCUAUGACAACAUCAACUCCAAGAUCCCGGCCGUCAUUAAAAUCCAGACCAUGGUGGAGAGCCUGAAGUUGUCCAUCACUGACCAGCAGCUGCCCAUGUUCAUCCGCAUCUUGGAGCUGGUUAUUGCCCUCUACUACGGAGAGAUUGGCGGGCACAAAGAUGGCGAUGGAGACGAAAGCAAAGGGAAUGUCAAGGAAGUCGUAGCCAGUCUACCUGGUAUGGAUGUGGAUAUGGAAAGCCAGGGACUGGCAAGCCAGUACCCGAGCCAAGACCUCUACAUGCAGUCUGGAACGGAGGAUAUCAACCAGGGCUGGGUAUCCUGGGCCUGGUCUUUCGUCCCGGCCAUUGUGGGCACAGAAGAUGAAGAAAUGGAGGAAGACCUCUAUCUGAGAGAGGCGGGAGGCAGCCCUAACAAUCCCCAGCAACACACACCAAAAGACCCCAUUGUCUCCAUAGGAUUCUACUGCACCAAGGCCUCUGUUACCUUCAAGUUGACAGAGACCCAGUCAGAGAGCAGCUACUACAGUCCACAGAAGGUGAAGUCCAGAGAAGUCCUGUGUCUGGAGCACGAGGGAAUAACCAUUGAGGUGCUGAUGAUGGGGGAACCCUUCUUCGACUGUCAGAUUGGGUUUGUGGGCUGCCGGGCACUCUGCCUGAAAAGCAUCAUGGGAAUACGGGACUUUGAGGAGAACAUGAAUCGACUUGAAGAGGACACGGUGUUCUUCAGCUGUGGGGAGAGCCUAAGUAGUAAGGGAAUGACCUACCUUACCAACUCCCUGUUUGAUUACCGCAGUCCAGAGAACAAUGGAGUCAGGGCUGAGUUCAUACUGGAUGCCACCAACCACAAGGAGACCUACACAGAGAUAGCAGGCAUGCACCGCUUUGGUGCUUUCUAUAUGGAUUACCUCUACACAAUGGAGAACGGCAGCGGCAAAGUAUGUGUUGGCUCACAGGACUUUUCUGUGAUGAAUAAGGAGCCAGUAUUGCCCCCAGUCCAGGAGACCUCCAUUAAGAGGCUGGUGGUGGGACCUCUGGAUGUCCGGCUCCACAGCAGUGCAGUCCACCGCGUCCUCAAGAUGAUCACCUGUGCCAUGGACCAUGAGUAUGAGCCUUACAGCAAACUGCAGCCAGAAGUGGUUGAAGAGAGCCGAACUCCAGCUGCUCCAGAGGAGAUUGCAGGCCUGGAGGAGUUCAUCCCUACCAGACUUACCUGCCUCACCCUGCUCCAAGUCUCAGUUACUGUCUCAAUGGCAGAGUUCAACCUCCUGCACACACUCAUGCCUGUUCUCAUGGGACACAAGGCUCCAUCGUGGCCGGCCAAUUUGCCGGUGUUCCAGCCGGUGCGUCCGCUGCCAGCACUGCGGUUCCAGGUGGAAAGGGUGAAUGUUGAGCACUCUGUCCCCAUGUAUGCUCGAGAGCUGGUCAGCACAGUCAGCAGCCUCAGCCAGCCCUCUGAUAACUUGCUGCACCACUGCUAUGCACACUGUUACCUCAAGGUGUUUGGGUUCCAGGCAGGUUUGACAUGCCAGGACAGCACAGGGAGUUUCCUCCCUCUAACCCCCAUCAUCCCUUCCUUCAGCACUGCUCUCUAUGGCAAGCUGCUCCAGAUGCCUUGCUACUGGACCAAGAGGUCUUCCGUCCCCACCACCGAGUGCAUAUUCGAGCUGCCUCACUUCACCCUGCAGGCCACGCGGGCCCAGACACUGCUGCUGCAGGCGGUCUUUCACAGCUGGACCCACAGUCUGGGAAACGGUGCCCCGCCGGCGUUCAGUGAGGGCCUGCUGGGCGAGGUUUACAGAGCUCCAGGUGUGAAAUCUCCGAGCCCGUCACCGACUCUCGAGGCCUCGGUCCAGAAUGUGGAGCUGAAGUUGUGCAGCCGUGCGACAGUGAAAUGUGCCUCGGGAACUGUGGGAGCUGUAAAAGUGUGCGCCAGGACCCCAGGGUCAGCAGACGGGGUGAAGGAGAAACUAGUUCCUCUGAUCCAGGGUCCAUCUGACACCAAAGAACUCCACAUGAGCCGCUGGCUCAAUGAGAUACGAAAACCCGAGUCCCUACUGGCUCCUGACCUUCUGGCCUUCUCUGUCCAGAUUCCUCAGCAAGGAGAUGACUGCAGGAACUCAGGUGCUGUGCUACUGGUCAGUGUCCAGGGCAUAGCUGUCAACGUGGACCCAGUCUUCUGUACCUGGCUGCUGCACCAGCCUGCAAGAGGGAGUAGCAGGCAACAACAGCAGGCAGUUCCCAUGGUGAUGCCCGUGACCAAGAGAAGAGAAGAUGAGGUAUCUGUGGGAAGCAUGCCACUGGCUAAACAGCCCUCCAAUCAGGCCUCAGAUUAUGCCAGCAGCCCUGUCAAAACCAAGACAGUGACAGAAUCACGCCCCCUGUCCAUCCCAAUGAAGGUGAUGCCUUGCAACACAUCAGUGGACUCCUGGACCACCUCAGAGGAGAGAAUGAAAGAGCUGAUCGCCUAUGCUUGGGAUGCUGUGAAACGCCUGACUCUUCAGUUGGAGUUGCAGUCUUGCUGUGUGUUUUUGCCAAAUGACAGCCUCCCCUCCCCGAGUACCAUCAUCUGUGGAGACAUCCCCGGCACCGUCCGCAGUUGGUACCACAACCAGGCCUCCAUGCCCGGCACUCUGGUGGUCUGCCUGCCCCAGAUCAGUGUCCUGAGCGCUGGGCACAAGUAUAUGGAACCACUGCAGGAGCUCCCCUUCGUGGUCUCCAAGCCCAUCUUGGAGGAGGGCGAUGCAUUCCCUUGGACGGUGAGCCUGAGUCAGUUCAGUGUUUACACACUGCUGGGCCAGCAGCGCAGCCUGAGCCUCCUGGAACCAAUGGGCUGCACCUCCACACUGGCCGUCACCUCCCACAAGCCGCAGGCCCCUGUGGCGGGGGGCCCUGAGGGACGCCCCUCUUUUGUGGUGUGUCUGCAUGUUGACCUGCAGCCUGUUCAAGUCAAGUGCUCCAACCCACAGGUGCAGCUCUUGUAUGAGCUCUUCCUCAGCUGGAGCUCCACGUGGGCUCGUCUCCAGAAGCAUGGCAUCGUGCGUCAGACCUCUAGCAUCCCAGAACCCCCUGCUGGCAUGGCUCCCACCUCCCCGGUGCGCAGCAGUGCAGGCACCGCCCUCCAGGACACCAGUACCUGCAGCCCCUCUGCUGACUUUGGCUCUCCGACCGAGGGUGACUCGGUGCCAGCGGGGGACGACAGUCCAUUCUCGGACACAGUGACUCUGGAGCAGAAGAUCAGUAACAUCGGGGGCACCAGUGGGAAAGUCAGCCUCUGGAUGCAGUGGAUGUUACCCAAGGUCACGGUGAAACUGUUUGCCCCUGACCCUGCUGCCAAAAAGACAGAGAUCAGUGUGAUCGGGGAGCUGGAGGAUUUGAGUGCCUCGGUCGAUGUCCAGGAUGUCUACACAAAGAUCAAAUGUAAAGUGGGAAGCUUCAACAUAGACCACUACAAGUGCAGACCAGGCCAGUGCUGGCUCUCUGGCCAGUAUGAAGGACUCAUCCUACAGUGCAAAGACACAGCCGUGACGGCAGCCAAGGUCCUUGAGGGUUCCCACCAGCAGCACGGCUUCCUCUCCAUUACCUACACCCAGGCCAUCACCAAGAAUGUACGCCACAAACUUACCUCGCGGCCCGAACGGCCUCCUCGCAGCAGCAAUGCCGCUGGCUGCCAGCGGUCAUCUGCUGAUUCUUUGACAGAUGGCUCCCCCCAGUACCUCCGGGAGAUCUUGCUCACAGCCCAGCCUUUUGACGUGGUGCUCUCCUGUCCCUUGCUGGCCACCAUAGCGAGCCUCUUUCAGGCAACAGUACCAAGACGCUACCGGGAACGUGGGAAGUCGGGGGGCCAGCCAAUGAGGAGUCAUACGCUGACCUCGCGCUGUUUGCCCCUCAUCUACAUCAAUACCAGCAUGAUCAGAGUCUUCUGCCCAGGAGCCCAGGAAAAACGUUCAGCAUCAGAUCCCCACCUAAAGAGAGAGGACACCCUAGUGUUGAAACUUGGGUCCCUCAGCAUGGCUCCACAAGCUGAUAACCCCCUUUCUCGCACCGUGCUACGCAAAGACAUCUACCACCGUGCGCUCAACCUGGGUAUCUUGCGUGAUCCCGGUUCCGAGGUAGAGGACCGUCAGUAUCAGCUGGACCUCCAGUCCAUCAACAUCGGGACAGCCCAGUGGGAACAGCUCAAGCCGGAGAAGGAUGGAGCAAAGGGAGGGGUGUCAUCUGAGGGUGAGAGGAGCUCCCAAAACCCUGCCUUGGAGUGGAACAUGGCCAGCAGUAUUAGGAGACACCAGGAACGGAGGGCUAUCCUGACCCCGAUCCUCACGGAUUUCUCCGUGCGGGUGACUGCUGCCCCGGCCAUCAUCUUCAGCAAGCCUGUAUCCCUCGACAGCGGACAGCCAGAGGAGGUGGUAGUGUGUGGUCACUCCCUGGAGGUGAAUGUGACCAGCAGUCUGGAUUUCUACCUCAGCGUGGCCCAGGUCCAUCUUCUCCAGCAGCUGCUCAAGGACAACAUGGUGGGCACAAAUGUCCCCGAAAAGAGUGCAGAGGUACAUGGGCAGGAGCGGCAGCGCAGUGGUCUGGACUCUGCCGCUGGCGUGGACUCCUCAUCCCGUCACAGCGGUGCAGGGCAGGACAGUGGCUUCGGCAGCGACAGCGCUCGCAUCCGCAUCGUCCAGAUCGAGCAGCAGAGUGGGGCAAGCCACCACCGCAUUGCCAGACCCUCCCAAAAGUCCACCAUCACUAAGAACCUCAGUUUCAUCCCCUUUGAUAUCUUCCUCACAGCCAGCAAGCUGUCUCUCAUGACCUACGCCUGCUCCAGUCCCCCCAAGGCCUCCGACGAUGACCCCCCUGCCACACCGGAGAAGAAGGAGACUGGGGAUAAGGUGGGGAAGAGUGCUCUUGACCUGCCUGAGAUUCCCACUGAGUCUCCCUUAGCCUCAGCCUUUCUGGCCCCGGAGCCGACCCCCGUUGCUCAGGACUCCCUGGCUGGCUUGACCGCUGAGGACCUGCUGAACAGCAACACCUCACAGACCCAACCAGCAUCCCCCCUGUUGCGGGGCAGCCUGCUUUCCUUAGAUGGCUUGCCAACCCCGAGCCGCUCCUCGGCUCGCCAGGCCCUGGGUGUGACCAUCGUGAGACAGCCAGGCAGGAGAGGGGCCGAGGACCUGGUGCUGGAGCCCUUGCUGUACCUCCAGGUGGUGCAGCCCUCAGUCCUGCUCAGCUGCCACCAUCGCAAGCAGAGGAUGGAGCUGUCUGUUUUUGAUGUGGCAUUAAGAGGAGUUGCCUCCAACUACAAGUGCCUAGACUCAGGGAAGACUCUCCCGGAGUCUCUGGACUACAGCGUGUUCUGGCUCCAGACAGUAGCUGGACAGGCUGACAGCAGGACAGGCAUCCCUCCUCCGUUACUCUGUCUGCAGAUCAAAGACUUCCUCAAUGGACCAGCUGAACUGAAUGUGGAGCUAGCGCGCCCCCUCAAGAUGAAUCCUACACUGGCUAAGCUGGAGCAGGCGAAGGCCUACCUGGGGAAAGUCCUCCCAGAUCACGUGUGGGAGGCCUCUGGUAAACCCCCAUCCCCCGUCAAGACCUCGUCCACCCCCGAGGCGUUGCCAAGGACCUCGCCUUCUCGCUCCGACCCCAACUGCCAGGCCUCAGCCCUGAGUGUGGCAUCUGGCCUCAGGGUGCUGGCCUUGUCCUUCCACAAAGUUUCCCUCCGCACUGCCCAGAUGGUGGUUACCAUGGAGACGGAGACUCACCCAAUGAGGCCCUGCGUGACGCUGUCGGUGUCGGCCAUGACAGGGAGUCUAAACAUGAAGCCCGGGCCCAGAAUAGAAGAUCCAGUCCAGGCUGCUUCUGUGCUGCUGGAGCUGCAGGAUACAUUGGUGAAAACCGGAUUCAGGGAUCGGAGCCGUCUGCUGCUGGGGCCCUUCUCCUGUAGUGCCGCCCUGGAGGCUCGGUGGUGUCGGCACAGCGGCAGCACAGGGCCUGACCCAGGACUGCCUAAACUGCUGCUGGACCUGAAGGGAGGCCUUCUGCAGGUCUUUUGGGGUCAGGAGCAUCUGAACUGUCUGAGGCUUGUGGAGGAGCACCUCUGGACGUACUUCGACAAACAGAGAGAGGACCCGGCUGGUGCCUGCACCAAAGUCAAGCCCUGUAAUGCCCAGCCACCACCUUCCCCAUGUUCCCCCUCUCCCAGGACCGAACACAGCUCAGAUGACCUGCGCACAGGCCUCUUCCAGUACAGUCAGGACUCAGCCUCCCAGAGACUGCCGGGGGCCUACGAGGUGGUGUUCUACAGUGAGACAGACGACAGCCCCGGAGUGAUGCUGUGGCGCUACCCCGAGCCCCGUGUCCUCACCUUUGUCAGGAUCACCCCGGUCCCAUUCAACACCACAGAGGACCCCGAGAUCAGCACUGCCGACCUGGGUGACGUACUGCAGGUGCCAUGCAGCUUAGAGUACUGGGAUGAGCUCCAACAGGCCUUUGUUCCCUACCGAGAGUUCAGCCUGUCAGAGAGCAGUGCUUGCCAUCUCCAGCUGCCCAGCCUCACCCUCACCAACCAGCAGAAGGACCUGGUGGCCUCAGACCUCUGGAGGAUAGUGCUUAACAAUAAUGGAGAUGGAGGAGAUGAGCAGAGUUCAGACAGUGAGUCUGGUUCCCAGCUGCCCUGUGACCAGUUGGUGUCUCCCAUGGCAUUGGCAGCCUGUGCUCGAGUGGACUCCUGCUUCGCCCCCUGGUUUGUCCCCUCCCUCGGUGUCUCCCUCCACCUGGCACAGCUGGAAGUGCACCUCUGCCUCCAUCUGGAGCAGCUGGGCACAGUUCCUUGCCGGCAUCUUCGCCCCUUCCUGCCAGACAGGAAGUUACCUCAGGAGCAGGAGUUUAUGGUGAUUGGUGCUCACGCGCCCCAGGUGUUCCUGCGCCAGUGGAGCAACAGACCGCAUCUUUGUCAGGAGUACAACUUCUCCACCCAAGUGGACUGCAGGCUGCUGGAGUAUCGAAACCUAACACACCUCCAACUCCUACAGCCUGUCACACUACAGGGCCAGGCUGCAUCUACACACUCCCCCCAGAGCACACUGCUGGAUGGCAGUGUAUUUGUGGAGCCAGUGUUCCUCAGCAUUAGCCAGUAUGCCAUCCACACCCUGGACACUGCCCUACACAGUUGGCAACAGAAUGGGAACCCUAAGACUGAGGAGCUGGUGUACAGCCACUAUGUGAUCUGCAAUGACACCCACGAGAUGCUGCGCUUUGGACAAGUAGACACUGAUGAGAAUGUGUUGCUGGCCAGCCUCCAUAGCCACCAGUACAGUUGGAGAUCCCACAAGUCUCCUCAGCUGCUGCACAUCUGCAUAGAGGGCUGGGGGAACUGGCGCUGGUCGGAGGCCUUCAGCGUGGACAACGUAGGGACCCUUCUGAGGACCAUCCAGUACAAAGGGCGUACAGCCUCCCUCAUCAUCAAGGUGCUGCAGCUCAAUAGAGUCCAGAAACAGAUAAUCAUCUGUGGGCGGCAGGUGAUGUGCAGCUACCUGUCUCAGGACAUUGAGCUGCGGGUGGUGCAGCAUUAUGUGGGGCCAGACAGCCAGACUGUGGUCAAGGAGCACUGUGACUGCCUGGAGGCAGGGGCCAAGCUGCCCUCCUAUGUCCUGGAGGACGCAGAGAUGACGGAGCUGUGCGUGAGGGCGCGGGGAGACGAGGACUGGUCCCAGGAUGUGCGUCUGGAGAGAAAGGAGGGCAUCAGCAGUUCUGUGGUACAGGUUCCUUGCUCCAGUGGUUCGCUGCUGUAUGUGUGGUGUACACUUAUCACCAUUGAACCCGAUUCUCACAUGCAACAGAGGGUGGUGGUUUUUAGUCCAUUGUUUGUGAUGAGAAGCCAUCUGCCAGACCCAGUCAUCAUCCACAUAGAGAAGAGGAGUCUGGGUCUGAGAGAGAGCCAGCUGAUACAAGGACAGGGUCACCAGGAACCUCUGCUAAACACUGAGGUUGACCUCACCCACCAUCUCACUUUCCAGGCCAGGGAGGAGGAGGAUGCUUCUCACUGCGCUGUACCAAUCUCCACCAGCCUGAUCAAACAGAUAGCAAACAAAGCCGGGUCUGAGAACAACCUGGAGCACAUCCUGACUGACUUCUAUGGUCUGAAGGCCUCCACUGAGCCACCAUGGCCUUACAUCACCAAAGACACAGACAGGUCGGUAUUGGACUCCCUUGCCCAGUGGGACAGCCCCAUGCAAGUGAAGUUGUCCUGCUGGAAGUCGGGCCUAAACACCCUGUUGGUGGAGCUGCUGCCCUGGGCCCUGCUGGCCAACCACUCCCAGUGGGACCUCUGGCUGUUUGAGGGAGAGACAAUUGUACUGCAGAUACCAGCUGGCAAAGUCAUCGUACCGCCCAAUUUCAAGGAAGCCUUCCAGAUAGGGAUCUACUGGGCCCACACCAACACGGUCCACAAGUCCACAGCACUGAAACUGGUACAUGACCUGACUUCUCCUCGAUGGAAAGAGGGCUCAGGAUCAGAGGUCGUUACACUGGAUGAGGAGGGCUACGUGGAGGUGGACAUUGCCCUCGGAGCAUUCCCUGGAAGGCAGAAGUUGUGUCAGUUCUGUGUGUCUUCUAUGGUGAGGCACGGUAUCCAAAUUCUGCAGAUAGAGGACAGGAUGAUUCUAGUCAACAACACUCCUUACACCAUACACUACAGGCCUCUGCUGUCUGACCACACACUGGAGACUAACGACCAGCUGUGUGAGCUGUCAGACACAGCAGUGUUCACCCUGGCCCCUGCAGAGGAAAACGCUCCGGCCCGAGCCCUCUCUGUGCCUUGCUGGGACCUGCUCCGAAACAGCGUACAGAGGGAGGUGGAGUCCCCUCUGCCCCUCAGGCACAUGCUCUUCAGCCUGCUUCCCGGGGGUGAGACUACAGCCGGGGCUGGAUCCACAUCAUGGAGCCUCCCUGCCCCAAUCAGAGCGGACAUCCCCCGGAGGAGUGUGUCGGUUCCUUGGGAAGUGUGCUCCAGCGGUGGUCUGAGCAGCAGAGCCUUGGUCCUCACAUACCAGGAGCACCUCGGGGUGACAUACAUCACUCUGAAUGAGGACCCCUGCCCGCGCAUGCUCAUUCACAACAGCUGUCCUAUCCCACUCCUGCUGAGGGAGAAUGUCAAAGAAACCCCAAGGACGGAGGUGUACUGUUGUCCUCUGCCUCCGUACUGCUCUCUGCACCAUGAACUCUACCAGCACUACUCAGGUUUCCCAGAGUGCAGGCAAAAAGAGUCACUGCCCAGCCUGCUUCUUAAAACCACCUUAGACCACACCAGCACUGACUGGACCGACCCCAUAGAUAUCAACAGUCCUGGCACACAGGUGGUGUUCCUGCCAGGCUUUGGCUGUCUCUACAUAGAUGUGACUUAUGAGAGAGGAACCUUGGUUCUGUCCCUGGCACCGGAGGGCGAUUUGGACUCUGUGCUGGGUCUGCACAGUGGGUCUCCCUUACAGAAGCUGACCUUUAGGGUUCUCCUUACUGAGGCCAGCAUGGUGCUUAGUGAUGACAUCACAAGCCCCUCAGGGUCCGUGGAGUUGAUGAGAUUUACCUUAACGAAGCUUCUCCUCAACGUGACCCCAGCCCCCGCCUGCCUACCCCCCGAGCUAGGAAACAACCCCGGCUCAGGCUCUGCUACCAUCACUGCCCUGAUACCUGACAGCUAUGUUGUAGAGCUCUACUGCGCCAGCCUCCAGAUAGACAACCAGCUUUACAACCGUGCCAGCUUCCACUUCCCUGUGCUGCUCUGCCAGGAGCAGAGGGGGGGAGCAGAGAUGGGAAGCCCAUGGAGCAGUGAUUCCAACCUCACCUUGUCUCCAGAGGCCCUGGAGGAAUUUAAGCACUCCUGUUUCCUGCAACUGGAGCUGACUCUGGGCGGAGAUGGACAAACUGUGGAGCAGGUCACCUUCCAGCUCCAGCCUGCCAGAGUCUACCUCGAAGACACCUUUGUUUACUAUAUUAAAACCCUGUUUCACACCUACAUCCCGGACACUGCCAUGUCCUCCACCACUGCCAACGUGCAGAGACAAAGGAGCCAUGGAGCAGCCCCUGUCCUCCCUGAGCAGGUGGUUCAGUCAGCACAGGCGUUGGUCCACCCUGUGCAGCUCCACAGGCUGGCCAUCCAGCCAGUCAGCCUGCUGGUCAGCAUCCAUGCUUCCCUGAAGCUGUACAUCGCCUCAGACCAUACACCGCUGUCCUUCUCCCUGUUUGAGAGGGGACCGCUCUUCACCACAUCGCGACAACUGGUGCACGCUCUGGCCAUGCACUAUGCUGCUGGAGCCCUCUUCAGAGCCGGCUGGGUGGUGGGAUCCCUGGAGAUCCUGGGCAGUCCUGCAAGCCUGGUGCGGAGCAUUGGUAACGGUGUGUCAGACUUCUUUCGCCUACCAUAUGAGGGGCUGACUCGCGGGCCUGGUGCUUUCGUCAGUGGGGUGUCCAGAGGGACCACCUCCUUUGUCAAACAUAUUUCAAAAGGCACCCUGACAUCCAUCACAAACCUUGCCACCAGUCUGGCUAGGAACAUGGAUCGUCUGUCCCUGGAUGAGGAACACUACAACAGGCAGGAGGAGUGGAGACGACAGCUACCUGAAAGCUUGGGAGACGGACUGAGACAGGGACUCUCCCGUCUCGGCAUUAGCUUGUUAGGCGCUAUAGCGGGGAUCGUGGACCAGCCCAUGCAGAACUUCCAGAGGACAUGGGAGAUGCAGAGCUCGGCAGGCAGCAAGGCCAAAGGGGUCAUCUCAGGUGUGGGGAAGGGCAUCGUGGGGGUUUUUACCAAGCCCAUCGGAGGAGCGGCUGAACUGGUGUCCCAGACUGGAUAUGGGAUCCUACAUGGAGCAGGACUGUGGCAGCUUCCUAAGCAGCUGUACCUGCCUGCUGAGGAGAAGUCUUCCUCGGCUUCCAACAGCCACCUAAAAUACGUCUGGAAGAUGCUCCAGUCUCUAGGGCGACCGGAGGUCCACAUGGCCCUGGAGGUGACCAUCGUCAGUGGCUCUGGCCAGGAGCACGCUGGUUGUCUCCUGCUGACCUCGGAGGUGCUGUUUGUGGUCAGCCUCAGUGAGGACACCCAGCAACAAGCCUUCCCCAUCACCGAGGUGGAGUGUGAACAGGAGGCAGGCCAGGAGGGCCAGCUCACACUCACUUUACAGCAGCAGACGGUGGCCAGCGAUACUGAGGGUGACGGUGGUCGGGAGCGCCUGUCAGAGCAGCAGUAUCGGCGGCUAGUAGACUAUGUGAUGCAAGCCUCCCAGCACCUCUCCCCCUCCGCCACCUCACUGCAGCUGCAGCCUCCCGUGACCCUCGCCGAGCCGCCCGCCACCGUCACCAAGUCGUACCGCUACCUGGUGGAACCAGCCUUUGCCAGGGUGUUCGUCAGCAAGUUCACCACAGUAAAGAACAAGGCCUUACGCAUCGGGUUCCACUGAUUUACAGCUUUAGGAGUAUAGCUUAAGCUGUAGGUUUUGAACACAGCUGGGACUCUGAUCUGCAGUGCUUUGUGGCACACUUCUGUUUAUUACAGUCCAGACAGGAAUAAAUGGAGAUGCCAUGUAGUUUUUCCCUGAAAGCCAUGAAAUGAUCAGAGUUAAGUAUCAACUUUUGCUCCUGUUUAAAUAAUGUAACCUUUGUCUCCAGCAUUUGAAUUACACUAAGGUUUUGGGAUAUAAUGUGUCUUGAUUCUAUUUAACAUGUAACAACUGAGAUAUAUAUAUAUAUUUUUUUUUUUUUUUGGGGGGGGGGUAAAAGAGCUUUUUUCGUUGGCUUAUCCAAUCAUUCACUUUGCUGGGGUUGUUUCUCAGAUUGCCUUUUAAAAGUAAAACUUUCCACUGUUAAGAUAUUAUACAUUCGCGCCACAUAGUCACAGAAAAAAAGGGAAAAGGAUAUAUGUAUAUUUUAUUGAACCAUGGAAGUCCAAUGUAAGUUUAAUAUUUCAUAUUCACAGUCAUUUCAGUAUGAGACAGUAUCAUUGGUGAGCAUAUACUACAGAAUGCACUAAUGUAUAGACAGAUUUGAGAAAACCCGGCUGGUAAUGAGAUGUAUUUCAGCUGUGAUAGACAACACCACCGUUUAACGUGUGGUUAUAGUGGCUUCAUAUCUGGCCAUGCAGGAUACUGAAUCCCACUGGCCGCUUGACCUUAUACAUUGAACUGUUUGUCUUUUAUUGACAUUUACUACUCUUCCAACAAAACACUGUCAGUAAUAAGCACUAGGAUGAUUCCUUUUUCUAAGUCUUGAGUUUGUUUCUAUCUGGACAUCCUGUAAUGUGUCGCUCCACAGAAUGAGCCAUUUUUUGUUUACGGUCUCCAUGUUUUGAGUACUUGUCUCAUGCCAAUGUAAGUGCAAUAUUACAGACACUUUGGAUAAUGGUUCGUGGACGAUUAUGAUACCAGCUGUCAAUCCAAAUGUUGUUACUGUUAUUUUUUUAAUCAAUGAUAUAACACCUAAAGGAAAGUGGAUUCACUAUAACUUACUGUUCUGAGUGACCUUAAGAUUAAUGCCAACCCUUCACAAUGCAAAACUAUAGUUGUUGCUGUUGCCUUUUAUAUUGUUAUGACAGUAAAAUCAAUCUAAGAUUUCACAUAAUUUUGUAUAAAUGAAUGCCUACGAUAUUGUAUGUAAAUGGAUAAUGUAUUGUACUAAUAGUUUAAACAUUUUAAUAAAAAAAAAU